AGGAACCUCGGGAGCAUCCGGAAUGUCAGCUUCCCCAGCGUAGGUAAGGGCCUGGCUGGGGUAGCAACUUCCGUGAGCGCUGGCCUCGUGACUGGGGACCCGCUCCAUGGCUCCGCCUGUCCCACGGCAGGGAAAAAAUAUGCAAAUUAUGGAGAAGAGGAGGAUAAGGAAGACGAUAAAGUGGAUUUAGCAGAAAAUUCCCUUUUAAACAAGCUUAUCCGGAACUCUCUGGUAGAAUCCAGUCAUCAUGUUGAAGUCCUGCAGCGAGAUCCCAGCUCCCCUCUCUUCUCCGUAAAAAGCUUUGAAGAGCUGCACCUGAAGAACGAGUUAUUACAAGGGAUUUAUGCAAUGGGCUUCAACAGGCCGUCCAAGAUCCAGGAGACAGCCCUUCCUAUGAUGCUGGCUGACCCUCCCCAAAACCUGAUUGCGCAGAGCCAGUCAGGGACAGGAAAGACGGCAGCUUUUGUCUUGGCCAUGCUGAGCAGAGUCAAUGGUGCUGAGAAGUCCCCCCAGUGCCUCUGUUUGUCUCCGACCUAUGAGCUGGCCCUGCAGACUGGACGAGUGGUUGAGAAGAUGGGAAAACUUUGUGUCAACAUCAGAGUUACGUAUGCUGUCCGAGGGAAUAGAAUUCCAAGAGGUACCAAGAUUGAAGAACAAAUCAUCAUUGGAACCCCAGGAACUGUCCUAGAUUGGUGUUUCAAGCUGAAGCUGCUGGAUGCCAAGAAGAUCUCUGUGUUUGUACUGGAUGAAGCGGAUGUCAUGAUAGACACACAGGGCUUCCUAGACCAGAGUGUCCGCAUUCAGAGAACACUGUCCAAGGACUGCCAGAUGCUCCUCUUCUCAGCAACCUUCGAGGAAGCCGUGUUGCAGUUUGCGGAGCAGAUCAUUCCGGACCCCAACAUCAUUAAACUCCGCCGAGAGGAGAUGACCCUGACCAAUAUCAGGCAGUUCUACUUCCUGUGUGAGCACAAAGCCGACAAGUACCGGGCACUGUGCAAUGUCUAUGGCAGCAUCACUGUUGGCCAGGCGAUCAUCUUCUGCCAGACGCGCAGAAAUGCCAAGUGGCUGUCACUGGAGCUGACUCGGGAUGGGCAUAAAGUGUCUGUCCUGAGCGGGGAGCUGACAGUGGAGCAGCGGGCAGCGGUAAUCCAGCGGUUCCGUGACGGGAAGGAGAAAGUCCUUAUCACCACCAAUGUCUGCGCCAGAGGCAUUGAUGUGAAACAGGUCACGAUUGUUGUGAAUUUCAACCUCCCGACAAACCUGUUGCAUUAUCUGGACUUUGAGACCUACCUACACCGCAUAGGACGAACCGGUCGUUUUGGGAAGAAGGGUCUGGCCUUCAACAUGGUGGAGAGACACAACUUACCCCUGAUACGCAGCAUCGAAGAGCAUUUCAUGCUGAUGGAACCGACCAGGGGCCAUGUGCAAUUUGACCUGCUGCUCUCAAACAGGGAGGAGCUAGUAGGGGAAGUAGAGGUGGGUGACAACCGGGGAAGAAGUGAUCAAGAGAUAGUAGAUUUCAAGAUCCUGACCAAAGAAAGAAAAUAG